AGGAGGGGGGUUAACUGAUAUGCAGGAAGUUGGGGCUUUGUUGGGUGCGGAGAGAAAAAGAGGGAAGCCUGGGAUUUACGGGGCCUCAUAACUUUCCCACACCAAAGCCAUAAAGCUACUGGGAUGGACAUAUAAGGGGCCAGAACUUUCUGGAACACAGUCUCCUGGGAGAAUCAGAUGACAGCCUGCCCUCUGCCCCUCCACCAAAUGCUCAUUCCCGUUUAUUCAGUAAAUAUUUAUUGAGCACCUACUGUGUGCCAGGCACUGUUCUAGGAGCUGAGGAAACAGCAGUGAAAUAAACAGAAAAAAGUCAUGUACGGUUUGGAAGUUUCCUAAACCCAUCAGGGGGGACCUCAGCCCCUGAAUAGGUCUCUGGGCCUCAGACUAACAUCCCAGGAAUAAGGAGAAGACCUGGCAGGGACCCAGAAAUCCAUUCUGGGACUUAGCUCCAAUCUGAUUACCCCUGGAACUUUGGAUAAAUCCUUUUCUUCCUCUGGCUUCAGUUGGCCAGUCUGUAAAUUGGGGAGGGGUUUAGUUCCAAGUAGAUAAUUGACCUUGAAUAGGCGCCAAGUUCUGUCACACCUUCAGUCCAGAAGGGUAGUGUUUAUGGAGUCUUGGCAUUUUUACUAAUUUAGAAUAACCGGGUUCACACAUGUCCGUGCCAUCAUUAUUACAGAUGGAGAUAAGGAGGUCCAUCUGUCUCAGGGAUUUGACAAAGGACACGAAAGGAGUCUGAGUGGAUGCCGAGGAAAGCCCCAAGUCCCCCCCUGGAAAGCCCCGAUUGCUCUCAUUCUGCCUUCUGGAGGGCCGCUUCCUCCUACACACCACUCCUCUGCCCUCCCCUCUCUCUCCUAGAAUCUCUUAAUUACCCAUCAAGACUCCGUCAUCCAGAAAUUUCUCUCACCCCCUCCCUGACCUUGUUUAUAUGAUUUUGCUCCCUGCUGGGUAAAGGAGGACAGUCUGGGACAUGUCCUUAAACUCCUUCUUGAGCCAGCUCCCUGGGGACCCUCGCCCACCAAUGGAGGAAGUGGGGCUGCUUGAGAAGGGUGUGGUUUUACUAGCCAAGACGCUGGGCUAUCCCCCUUCUGCUGGCUGAGAGACCUCUGCUAGCCCCCCGCCCCGACUUCGUGCCUCAGUCACUUAGGAAAGGGUUGGAUUAGCUAUUUCUGGAAAUGGAAUGCACCCUCAGGCUGGAGUUAGCAAUAAUAAUGUUAAUACCUGUAUAGCAUUAAGGGCUGUGUAUCGAGGGCGGUGACUGGCACCUUCUAACCACUUACCACGGCUCACUCACUGUUCGACAUUCAAGAUUCGCAGGCAAGCCUUACAACUACCUAACAAGGUAAGUCCCCUUUUGUAGACGGGAAUACUGAUGCCCAGAAAGGUUACAUCAUUCGCCUAACAUCACAAGCAAGCAAAGGGCGGAGCUGGGAUCCCAACCCAGGUCUGUAUGACUUCAUGGUCGGUUUUUUCUUAUUCCCAGCGAGGGCUCUAACCUGCGGGGAAAGUGCAUUUGGGACUCAUUAGCCCUAAUCAGGACUAAUUAAGAGACUCCUUUAAGCGGGGAAGCCACCUAAGUACAAGACGUCACGAAAGAACACGGUGACAACAGCCAGAGCGGGCGUGGGAACCCAACCACGCUCCCGCGAGCAGCAGUUUAACGGCUCCGCCCCCUGACCCGCCUCACUUCCGCUUUUUAUUUGCAUAUUCAACGAUCGGACGUCAAGCGUCAGCGUCGACGGGGUGACAUCAGGGGGCGCCCCUGCAGUGCCCCCUCCCCGAGCGUACGCACGUACGCACGCACGCACGGAGACGAACGGGCGGGGGAGGAGGGAGAGAUCGGAGGCGCCCCGCCCAGUCCGCAGGGUUGCGCGUGCCCCGUGCGACCGCCAAGAUGGUGGUAGGCGCGUUCCCUAUGGCGAAGCUGCUAUACCUGGGAAUUCGGCAGGUCAGCAAGCCGCUUGCCAACCGCAUUAAGGAGGCCGCCCGCCGAAGCGAGUUCUUCAAGACCUAUAUCUGCCUCCCGCCCGCUCAGCUGUACCACUGGGCGGAGAUGCGGGCCAAGAUGCGCCUCAUGGGCUUCAGGGCGGAAGCCGUCAAGCCGCUCAAUGAGGACGCGGCCGCCGAGCUGGGCGCCGAGCUGCUGGGAGAGGCCACCGUCUUCCUCGUGGCCGGCGGCUGCCUGGUGCUGGAGUACUGGCGCCACCAGGCGCACCAGCGUCGCAAGAGGAGCGAGCGGCAGACCGCCUGGGAGGCGAUGCGGGACGAGGUGGGCCACCUGGCGCUGGCGCUGGAGGCCCUGCAGGAGCAGGUGCGCGCGGCGCCUGCGCAGAGCGCGCUGGAGGAGCUGCAGGCGCAGAUGCGAGAGGUGCGCGCCCAGCUCUGCGCCCGGGACCCGCCGUCCGCCCCCCGAGCGACGCCCGAGGAAUAGGGGGACUGUAGGGCCCCGGUCUUCGAUGUGGCUGCUGUCGGGGCUGUGACGACUCUGACAUGGCCUUCUGUCCACAUGGUCCGUUGAGGAACCUGCCCAGCUGAUUCCACCUGGUCCCUUUCGGGGCGGAAGGGAGGCUGGACUGGGGCUGAUCCAGCCAGGCUUUUGGUCGGCCGCCUCCCUACUAAGCUGGCCGGAGGUACCUUCCACAGGGACUCUGUUCCAACAGGAGUCCCUUGGUCCUAUCCACCCCCCACCCCCAGGCCCAGUCCACGGGUUUAACACUUUGUAAUGGAAAGUGAUCGUGUUCCAUUGGAUCCCACCCACCCGCUACUAGGUGGGCCGGCGGGACACGUGGACCCAGCCAGCUCAUUCUGUCACACUUCCACUUAUCUGAGUAGGGUCUCCCCCCCCCCCCCCCCAUUACACCAGAACGCCCUUUCCCCCUUCUUCAUUGGUGCAGACCAUUGUAAAGAAAAUGCAAGCUCCCAGUGGGUUUACAGACCCGGUCACUUUCCAUCUACCUCACUUUGGAGGGGACAGAGAAGGAUGGGUCUUGGAGGGCCUUCUGCCCAGUGGGUCACCCUGUGGCUCCUGCCUUCAGUCCACCAACCACUCGUACCUCAGCAGGUCACCCCCUCAAGUGGAUCAUUCCAACAGAUACCCCCCACUUUAGUCUGUGGCAUAACCCAUGGUACAGGGUCUCCCCACCGCCUGUGGUCUGUUCCAACAGGACUUGGUCCUCUGGGACAGAAAAAUUGGUCCUGCCUGGGGAUGGGCCAUUCUGUGUCGGUCUAAGCCUCUGUGUACCUGAAGUUCUGGACCUCCUGUUGUCCUUUUCCACUGUCCUUCCCUGCUAGCCCUUCACAGGGACCCACCCAGUCCCCUGCUACAUGGGUCACUUGUCACAUCCCAUCCAAGCCUGCUCUCAAGUACUCAGGGAUUCCUUCUUCCUUCUUGCCUUUGGACUGAUAGUCCAGCCCACCCUCACCCUCCUUCACACAGUGGGACCACCUGCCCCUCAGCUCUGAAGUCCCCCACCCCCAUCCGAAUGGAAUAUUCCAACCAGGCAGGGUUUUCUACCCCACCUACCCCCUGCCAACCCAUUGAACCACUGAAGGGGGUGUGUGUGAGCUCUGUGACUUCUGAAUUCUAUUUUUUUUCAAGACUGUAAAUAUUUUAUAAUUAAAAGAGCUCUGGGGUAAAGAAGUCAUCUUUAAGAAUGUGUCAGAGAACCAUGACGUACAUCUACAAAAUGGGUACAAGGCUCACUGAAAUUAGGAGAGAAGCUGGGAGGAGUCCCACAGGAAGGGCAGAGUCAUCCCGUAAGCCCUUUCCCAGAUGGGGAAACUGAGGCCCAGGGGUAGCAAAGGGACUUGCCCGAUGCCACACAGUCAGUGAAGGACCAUGCUUAGCUUUCUCUACGGUACUGAACUGUUUGGUGCAGGGGGGAAAGGAAUGAGGAGGCUGCCCAGAAGAGGCUUGGGGACAGGAGGAGGCUGAGAGGGUAUUGAGACCACCCAGGCUGCAG